AUGCUACUGUGAUCUUUGACAGACAGAUUGAUAAAAAAUAUAUUAUCUUUACUGAUGAAAAUAUAUACAUAAAAUUUUAUGAUGAUAUGGUUGAAUCUUUUUUGAAUAAUCCUAUAACUUGGUAUCUUGUUAAUACAAAACCACCACCUUAUGUCCAUGCCAUUACUAUCCUCACCUGCUUUCCAAAUAAAACAUAUUACAAAGAAUUUCACAAAAUGUUAAAGUCAACAAUAAGGUACAUGCCUAUUUGGAGUGGUAUUCCAAGAUUUGUAUUGGAGAAAGCUGGAGAUUCAUCACAGGAUCUGUUGUUAGAACAAGCAAUAGUAAGCAUUAGUUUGGAAAAAUGCUUACAAAAUGUUGGUGAACUUGAUAGUAAAGAAGACACUAGCCAUCAGAUUCUCCAUAUAACCACCUCUGACUAUAUACACACAACAAUACAAUUUGCAACUACCUAUAUUGCUGAAAAGAGACCAAUAGCAAAGAAUUUCCCAUCAUUUGAUUCUCUGAUACCUUCCGUUGGAUUAUUUCAAAUUACAAUAGCAUUAAAUCAUAAUAUCAAGAUGGUUGCAUUAAAAGAAUAUGAUAAAGUUAUUGAAAAUGGAAAAAUAGCUGAAAAUAUCCCUUUGUGGAUUCAAAAUUUACAACAAUAUGUUAUGGAAAUUAACAUAUUGUAA